AUGGAAAGAAUAUUGUUCCUUGAAUCAGGAGGAGCUGAGCCAGGGGAUGACAAAGAUGAGUUCAAACCAUUUUGGGAGGAGGAGUUGGUGCCUGCCAGCACUCCCCAGUGUCUGCUGUCGAGCCUCGAGGAAAUUGAGAUCCAUAACCUCUCCUCACGAGGGAUAGUCAUAGAGGACGGGAUGAAAGUGGUAGCAGCGUAUUUGCUCGAGGUUGGUAUCGUACUGAAGUAG